CUCUUUCAGGUUUUUUGGACAACAGUCAACACCCCGUUCAGGAUACUGGAGAAGUGUUUUACCUGCAUAAAAAAGUAGAAAGAUGUGCAGCGACCGAAUAUCUAUUCAGUUGGAUUUAACACCGCUGGAGGUGCUGAUUAAGUUUUUCCGCUUGAACAAGGCACAGAUUUCUUGCAUAGAUGAACCGCUCACCUUCCUCAACCAGCUCCGAGACCGCAAUCUGGUACCUGAUGAACGUUACCAGAUGGCAAUAAAAAUGAGAAAUAAGGAGAGGAGACAGGGUGUUGUGUAUCAGAUUUUGGAUUGGCUGGAGAAGCAGGGAGGGGAGAGUGUGAAGAUGUUUUGGAGAUCUGUGUUUCAGGAUCACAUUGUGCAGAGAUAUCCUGCUCUGCGCACGCUCCAAACCAGCUUUCUGGAUGGAUCUUUCAGGUCUCAUGAAUUCCUGCAAAAUUUAGAGAAACCGAUUGGAAGUGAGGAAAAGGAAACAGAGCAAGAGAGGCCUGGAACAAAGAGAAAGAAAGGCACUGAUGAAACAGAGGAGGAAGAAAGCCCUUCUUCUGUGUCCAGCUCCAGCCAGAAGAGACCUGCCAUGGAGCCUACAUUAGUGGAGUCCACUGGUUCCAACCCUCAGUCCAGGAGAACGCCAUGUCCUAAUAAUCCACUGGAUCAGGCUAACGAUGAUGCAUGCUUCAUUUGUAAUGAAGAAGGAGUUCUGGUGCACUGUAAAGAAUGUCCACGAGCUUUUCACCAUUACUGCCACUUACCAAUACCACAGGAUGAAACAUCUAGGGACAACUGGAAGUGCACAUUCUGUGUGUUAAAGGCUAACCAGAAAUUGCAGAUGCAAAUGAGAAGGAAAGAAAUUUUAAACAGUCCUGUUUCUGAAAACAAGCUGCACUGUGAGUAUUUGCUGUUGUGUAUGUACAAGGGAGACCAACUGCACGUGUUUUCUGGAAACCCUACCAGAGCAGAUGCGGAAUGGGGCAGUGUGAUUUCAGAGCCCAUGUGGCUGGACAAAGUGAGGAACAAGCUGCAGGAUCAUGAGUACAGAACAGUCAGAGAGUUUGUGUGUGACAUCAAUCUCAUCUUUAAAAACUGCCAAGCUUUGAACAAAGGCAAUGAAUUUGGUGAAAUGGGAGACAAGCUGAACAAGACCUUUGAGAAGGAGUUCCAGAGCAUCUUUAAGCUGUAAUAACAUUUUUCCUCAUUCACAAACUUUGGAAAGUUUAUAUUCAGUAACCAAAGUUUAAUGUUAAUAUUUGUAUUGAAUACAGAAUCAAAUUCAAGCUUCAUCGGUCAAGUAUAGAGCAAUACAUUGAAACUAGUCAGGUAACAUAAUCAGGAUGAUGUACCCUAGAUACUGAAAGUGCUCUAAAGUGAAACCAUAGUACUCGCAUUUGAGGAAAUACAAGCAAAGAUCAAGCUGAAUUUUCUCAACAUAAAUGAGGUGUGUAGUUUGUUAUCAGAUUAUCUAGACGUACAUCACACAUCUGAUAAACGAGAUUUCCUCUCCCGUGCUGUAAUGAUGGCUGGAAACUAGGACUUAAUGGCAUAUACUGUAGAAAGGUCAUAUAGAACAUAGAGAAAUCUCAUUGGGAAUUAAGUCACCUUUCACGUUGCCUUUUAUUAUGAUCACAACCAGAUAGUUAUAUUGUUUCUGAGUUUAAUAAUAAGAUUAAUGUUUAGACUUUUUUUUUUUGUUGCUGAAGAAGCAAAAAAUCUAAGUAACCCUUAACCUUCUGACUGAUGAUUUGCAAUGUCUGUGUUACGACACGGCGAAAUCGGCGGGGCAGCUCACAAAGUGUAGUGCCGCCCAGGGACGUGGCGGAGGAGGACUACACUUCCCAGUCAUACCCGCGCUCGAGUUCGCCGGAGUUCUGAUUAUGAACACCUGUACACACCUAAGGUUAUAUAAGGGCCUCCCUAGCAUGAGCUACUUGCGAAGUAACCGCUCAGCAGCCUCGUCUCUGUUUGAUUACCAAGCCGGUUUCAUUAUAAGUGUUUUCCCUGGUGCUCGACUUCACGCUCGUCUCUCACUACGCUUUUGCCUACGUCCCUGAUAUACAGCUUACCUGCUCGGUCCCGAGUCGAUUCUCGUCCUGUGUUCAGUCACACGCCAUCUCUCCGCUCGCCCGCGCUUGUCUCCGUCAGCGCCUCGUAACAGUCUGAACACGAUGCUUGAAAAGAAAAAUGUAUAACGAACUUGAAAAGGUGGAAAGGGGUUCUAUUAUUAGUAAAUGGGUAUCUCAGGUGGAAAGGGGUUCUAUGAAUUAGUAAAUGGGUAUCUCUCUCUCUCUUUAUAUCGCUAUUACAGCAGUGUUUAACAGAUACAUAGCAGACAAAUAUACAUAUAGACAGUUUUAUUUUGUACACGCAUACCAACUUAAUCUUCACCUAUCAUCGUUCCCUGUUAAUGAAAUCUGUCAAUACCUAAUAAAACAGUUUAAGUCAGUAGUUAUAUCAUACACUUUCUGUCAAACUGUCAAUCAAAGUGUUGUGUGUGAUAAUUUAUGACCCUCUGUGCUUCCCUGACUGGCAGGUCUGUAGGGGUGGUGAGGAGGGUAACCCUGUGGAGUUUAUCAGCUGGUCAAUCUGGCUCCUUUGUGUCUGGGGGGGUUGUGGAGAGGUGUGUGUUGGGGGGAAUAGCCCCCCUCCCAACAAAAGGUGUUUAUGUUAAUGAGUUUGGUUUUUGGUGGGGUGAAAUACGUCUGAAAAGAAAUAAUGUUUUUAAUAUGGGGCUGUGUUUGUGUUACUUUGUGGCGUUAUUUCGUUUGUGUAAACACAUUGUUAGAAAAGCAUGAUGUUUGAAUGUGUACAUAUAUGAGUAGAAUAUUUGUUUUGUGAAAUAAAUGAAAACAAAUGUUGAUUAUGUUUUUUAGGGAUCCCGGUUUACCUUUGAAUAAAAAGUUUAGGAGUUAAAGCGUC